AUGUCAAACUACGCAUUAGGCAACUCCCACCGCAGCCAUCCGGCCGCCCCGAGUCUCAAGCCUCGGCCUGGGCGCUGGUACAUCCCCGUGGUGGCAGCAGUUGGUCUCGGCUUUUACGGAUACAACUACUACGUCGAAACGAAAAGCAAGAUCGAGUUCGCCGAGCUCGAGGAACAGAAACGUCUCGCAGCAAACCGGAAGCUGAUGGAUGCUUACGGGAGCAAGGACUCGUUGGAGGAUGUCCAGCAGGCUCUUGAGAUGUAUGGUCGGUGA